ACUCCACUCCAAAUUUAAUUUGCAUAACAGAAAAGUGGAAGUUGAAGGAAAUUAGGUUAGGUUGAGAGGCUAUGGACGCAGAGACAGUAGUGAGACAGAUCACGAAAAUCACAACAACUGUGUUGGAACUUCUCAAGUCCUCUAACAAGGACGUGAACGAGAUCCGAGAAUCUGCAUCCAAGGAGCUCCGGAUGGACCUCUCCGAACCGAGCCGGAGGACGUUCGUAAGCUCGCUGCUCGAAUUGUACCUCGUCGAACUACAGGCCAAAGAGGAGGCAGAGGCAGAGGCAGAGAAAGCUGAAAAAAGGCCCGAGUACGAUGACAGUGAUGACCUCGUUAUCCGCCGAUUGUCGAGUACAAGAAAAGUGACAAUCACUAAAUAUAAAAGGCAGCGUAUGAUUUCAAUCAGGGAGUACUACAAGAAGGCAAAUGGCAAAGAGCUACCUAGCGAGAAGGGAAUAACCUUGACUAUAGAGUCAUGGGCAUGCUUAAAGGAAAAUUUCCCUGUAAUUGACGACGCCAUCAAGGAAAUGCAAUCUAGGCUGAAUUGAGAGUUUGAUCUUCUGGUCUACUGUUCAAGAGGCAAAGCAAAUCAACGCAGCUUUCGCUUCCGUUACAAGAUCUAACACUUGAGAGAAGUAGACACACACCUAACACCUAUCUUCUGGUAUGUGCGACCUAUUGUUGACUUGUGUAAUACUGACCUGACUUAGAUCUUCCGGAAAAGUAUAUACAUACAUCUCUAAGUGGGUGGUUUUUGAAAGCAUAAACUUACUAGAUAGCUUGUUCAUAUGACGACCGACCACAUUUCAUAUGUCUUUCUUGUAGUAUUUCUGUCGUGUGUAUCAUUCUUGUCUACUACCAAUGCACACUGCGCUGUUCUUUCGAGCUCUUUUCAUUUCAUUCAAAUAAACUGCUUCAAUUCCUCGCAAAUAUGAAAUCUUUUUCAGUCUUUACUUGCUACUCAUUUAGAAGCUAGCCUUGGCCGUGUGUAGUCGUGGCUAGUUAUUGACACCAAUACAAGAUGACUUAACUCUUUUUCUUUUGAGAAAUGUUAAUUGUAUUUCUGGUUUCUUUUGACUAACUUAGAAGAAAGGAACCAUGG